ACCUCCUCCCAACUUGCCCUGCAGCCUCCUGCAACGUACUCCAGUCUCCAGCACACUAUAAAUAGGCACGAACUUGGCAUCCCUAUGCAGCAAGAGCCAAAGCCUAAACAAGCUACCUCUAGUUCGUAGCAGCAACAAGCUCCAGCUCGCACACUCCGGCAGCUAGCGAACAAUGGCGGCGAGCGGGUGGUGGUGCGGGCUGUCGCUGUGCGCCAAGCCGAAGCAGGUGGCGAGCGAGAGCGUCCACGGCGCGCAGCUCGCGCUGCAGCGGCUCACCGCGGCCAGGCGCUGCGGCGGCGGCGGGGACGCCGCUUGCGUCGACGUCGAGGCCGGCAAGCCGUGCAAGUGCGGCGAGGAACAUACGGAGGCCGCGGCUGCCGGGAGGGUCGCGGCUGUGGAGGCCGUUCACCAUGGCAAGCCGACCAGCUCCUUCGCCCACUCCGUCAUCAACAUGGUCGGAAUGCUCAUAGGACUUGGGCAGCUGUCGACUCCGUACGCGCUGGAGAACGGCGGGUGGGCGUCCGUGUUCCUCCUCGUCGGCCUCGGCGUGAUGUGCGCGUACACGGCGCACCUCAUCGGCAAGUGCCUUGACGACGACCCGGCCUCCAAGACGUACCAGGACAUCGGCGAGCGCGCGUUCGGCGGCAAGGGCCGCGUGGUCGCCUCCGCCUUCAUCUACCUCGAGAUCUUCUUCGCGCUCGUCUCCUACACCAUCUCCCUCAGCGACAACCUCCCGCUCGUCUUCGCCGGCGCCGCCUCCCACCUCCACCUGCCGUGGGUGCGCCUCACCGCCACGCAGCUGCUCACCGUCGCCGCCGUGCUGGUGGCGCUCCCCAGCCUGUGGCUCAGGGACCUGUCGACCAUCUCCUUCCUGUCCUUCGCCGGCAUCGUCAUGUCGCUGCUCAUCUUCGGCACCGUCGUCUGCGCGGCGGCGUUCGGCGGCGUCGGCCUCGGGGGGUACAUCCCGGCGCUGCGGCUGGAGCGGAUCCCGGCGGUGUCCGGGCUGUACAUGUUCAGCUACGCGGGGCACAUCGUGUUCCCCAACAUCCACGCCGCCAUGAAGGACCCCUCGGCGUUCACCAGGGUGUCCGUCGCGAGCUUCGCCGUGGUCACCGCGCUGUACACGGCGCUGGCGUUCGUCGGCGCGAGCAUGUUCGGCCCGAGCGUCAGCUCCCAGAUCACGCUCAGCAUGCCGCCGGGGCUCGCCGUCACCAGGAUCGCGCUCUGGGCGACCGUGCUCACGCCGGUCACCAAGUACGCGCUCGAGUUCGCGCCCUUCGCCAUCCAGCUCGAGCGCCACCUGCCGGCGGCCAUGUCGCCGCGCGCGCGCACGCUCGUCCGCGGCGGCGUCGGCUCGGCGGCGCUGCUGCUCAUCCUGGCGCUGGCGCUCUCCGUGCCGUACUUCCAGUACGUGCUCAGCCUCACCGGGUCGCUCGUCAGCGUGGCCAUCUCGAUCAUCUUCCCCUGCGCGUUCUACCUCAAGAUCCGGUGGGGGCGGGUGUCGCGGCCCGCCGUCGCGCUCAACGCGGCGAUGAUCGCCGCCGGCGUCGUCCUCGCCGUGGUCGGGACGGCCUCGUCGGCGACGUCGUUGGUGCAGAGCAUACAGAAGGGGCAUGCAGCGUAAGUAGCUUAAGUUUGAUGAGGUGGCCAAAUUAAUGAGGAUCGAUGUGUACUGAAUACUCUGCUUGUGUUGUGUGUAUAAGAUUAUACAACAUGUAUUGUGUCGUUAUAGAUCAGUCUAUACUUUGCAGUGUAUAUCUUUUGAAAGAGAACAUGUAAGAAAUGCAUCCAGAAUUCCAGAUUGAUAUAUCAUCAAGGAAAUAAUAUUCAUGGGAUUCUAUUAGGUAUUAUAUGA